AGGAAAGGUGCACAAGCCGCAGGGCGUCGGCUUCGUAUCACUUAUCCCUUAUUUUUUUAUGUAUUGGAUUCAUUCGCAACUGUGCCUUUUACGUGGCGUGCCGGUAAUGAUUUACACAGGUUCCACUUCUACAUUUCUACUCCUCUCUUGUUGAGUGGUGAAUGGUGAUUACUGAUUGGUCUCUCUGCGUCUGCGUCUGCGUCUGUUAGCUGGCUGCUUGCGCUUUUUCCGCUCCCUGAUCAAGUAAAGUCAUCAAGACGAACAUUAUCUUGACUCCAUCCAGGACCGGGAGUCUGUACUCUGCGGACGUCUUGUCCUUUGGCUCUCUGCUUCGCAAUCGCACACUCUGUAUCAACACUUUGAUUUCAAGUCUCAUAGGUUAGGUUUUGUUCGUCGUCGACAUGUCUUACGACUACCUUUUCAAGUAUAUAAUUAUUGGAGACACAGGUGUGGGGAAAUCCUGUAUACUCUUGCAAUUCACUGACAAGAGGUUCCAGCCUGUGCAUGAUCUCACUAUAGGUGUUGAGUUCGGUGCUCGGAUGGUCACAAUCGACGGCAGGCCCAUUAAGCUCCAGAUCUGGGACACGGCUGGUCAGGAAUCUUUCAGAUCUAUCACUAGGUCUUACUACAGAGGAGCAGCUGGAGCACUUCUAGUUUAUGACAUAACCAGGAGAGAGACUUUUAAUCAUCUAGCGAGCUGGCUUGAGGAUGCCCGGCAGCAUGCUAACCCUAACAUGACAAUUAUGCUCAUUGGAAACAAAUGUGAUCUUUCUCAUCGAAGGGCUGUUAGCAAAGAGGAAGGUGAGCAAUUUGCAAAGGAGAAUGGACUUAUAUUCAUGGAGGCAUCUGCAAGAACGGCACAAAAUGUUGAGGAGGCCUUCAUCAACACUGCUGCAAAGAUCCUUCAGAAGAUUCAGGAAGGUGUCUUCGAUGUAUCGAAUGAGAAUUGUGCGGCCAUCCAGCAAAAUUGGGGAGCUCCAUGGUGCUUACUAUGUGAUUUCAACAUUGUUCUCUGUGCGUGUAGCAGGAAGGGGAUGGGAGCAAUAUGCUUGAGUUCAGGGUUUUCUUGAUAGAAUGACUCUAAUAUACCUUCCCUUGAUAGAAUGGCUCUAAUGCUCCUUUGUCUUGCUGGACAUAUUCCUCAUUGAUUGAGAUGGGAGGUAAUGUACUCAAAUGUUAUACAAGAAAAUCUUUGAUGGCCUAUCUUGGAUCAUUUGCCCAUAGUGUUGUGAGCAGGUAUAACAACCAGGAAGCCUGGACCUUUUUGCUUUGAAGUAUCUAUAGGUCUAUGCAAUAUGUCCGAUAUGGGGCGUAUUGUAUUCGUUUCAAAGGCCACCGAAAUGCAAAAUAUUGAGAGUUAGGGGAUAUUAACAGUUUGGGUUUUGAGCUGUCAAUAUCCAUCCUAAUAAACCUAUUUUCAAAUAAAACCUUUUGAUGGAUACAUCAGACUAACUACUUAUCAAGAAAACAAAAUUCCACUAUCUUCAUCCAAGCAUUUCUUUGGCAAACAAGCUUAUCGUUUUCA